AUCCUCAUUUCAAAUACAUGCGUCCUCAGCAUGCUUUAGACAAGGUCAAGAGUCAACGGGGCGAUAUAUUGCGAAGCAAACACGCCACGAUCGAGCGUUUAAGGUGGUCGGAUGCAAAAGCAAAAGCAAAAGAUGAAGAUAUUGUUCUUGACCCUCUUAAGCGUGGCCGCGUUGUUCGGCGGCCUCGCCGAGCAAUGCGGAACGCAGGCGGGGGGUGCGUUGUGCCCCGGGGGACUAUGCUGCAGCCAGUAUGGCUUCUGCGGGUCCACUGAGGCAUACUGCGGCUCCGGCUGCCAGAGCCAGUGCGGCGGCGACGUGGCCUCCAUCAUCAGCUCUUCCCUCUUCGACCAAAUGCUGAAGCAUCGGAACCCCUUUUACAAGUACGACGCUUUCAUAGCCGCCGCGAACUCCUUCAGCGGGUUCGGGACGACCGGUGAUGCCACCACUCGUGCGAGGGAGAUCGCUGCCUUCUUAGCACAAACCUCCCACGAAACAACUGGUGGGUGGGCAACGGCCCCUGACGGUCCAUAUGCUUGGGGCUACUAUUAUGUCACGGAACAAUCCGACACAUCGGAUCACUGCCAAUGGAGGCCGGAGUGGCCAUGCGCUCCCGGCAAGAAGUACUAUGGCCGAGGACCCAUGCAGAUCUCCUUCAACUACAACUACGGACCGGCGGGGCAAGCCAUCGGCGUCGACCUGCUCAACAACCCGGACCUGGUCGCCACCGACCCGGUCGUCUCGUUCAAGACGGCCUUGUGGUUCUGGAUGACGCCGCAGUCGCCGAAGCCGUCGUGCCACGACGUGAUCACCGGGCGGUGGACCCCGUCGACCGCCGAUCAGUCCGCAGGGAGGUUGCCGGGAUACGGUGUCGUCACCAACAUCAUUAACGGAGGGUUGGAGUGCGGGAUAGGGCCCGAUGCCCGGGUUGCGGACCGGAUCGGAUUCUACAAGACGUACUGUGACCUCCUGGGAGUGAGCUAUGGAGACAACUUGGACUGCUACGGCCAGAGGCCUUUUGGAUUUGCCUCCUUAUCCGAGAGUCGAGAAGGCUAAAUGUGUGUCGGCUUCAGCUGCAUGAUCGAUGUACUAAAUAAAGCAGCCGCCUCUCUUAUCGCCACAAUGUGUGGCAGCCCAGGAUAAAUUACCUGUGCCUGUUGUCACUCGACAAUGUUCUCGAGUUCUUAAUUCCCGCUAUCCUAUAAUAAUAAUCUUGUUUUCCUCAGGACAAAA